CAAAGCAUGAUGAAAAUAAAAUUCUUUCCUUUUUCCGCCUCCAUCUAAUCGAACAACAUCAACGUUCGCUGCACUGUUGCGAUUUUCAAGAAAAACACACGUUUGCGCUGGGUAUUCGAUUAGCAUCGUUCUGCUAUGGCUCCAUCCCGUAAAAACAAAGUAGUGAAAGAAGAAGUCCAAGUCUCGCUUGGACCCCAAGUACGCGAUGGUGAGAUCGUGUUCGGCGUGGCACACAUCUACGCUAGCUUCAACGAUACCUUCGUGCAUGUGACGGAUCUGUCCGGGAAGGAAACCAUCUCCCGGGUGACCGGUGGUAUGAAGGUGAAGGCCGAUCGUGACGAAGCUUCACCGUAUGCGGCAAUGUUGGCUGCCCAGGAUGUAGCCGAAAAGUGUAAAUCGCUUGGCAUUACGGCACUGCACAUCAAGCUGCGUGCAACCGGUGGUAAUCGUACGAAGACACCCGGACCGGGUGCACAGUCGGCCCUUCGCGCGCUGGCUCGUUCAUCGAUGAAGAUCGGUCGCAUCGAGGAUGUGACGCCCAUCCCAUCCGACUCCACUCGCCGCAAGGGUGGUCGUCGUGGACGUCGGUUGUAAGUGCAGAAUUCUGCAGGAGGAUGGUGGUUGUUUGCGUCUCAUCCUGAUGGAUGAUUGGUAAUUAGGCGUUUGCGGUCGUUUUGUACACAGAACAGCAUAAUAAUAAACGACAGAUCAACCACUUAUCAAACUGUUUA